AUGACCGAGGCGCGAGUGUCCCGGGGCGCGCUGGCCGCCCCUCUGCGGGCGCUCUGCGUCCUGGGCUGCCUGUUGGGCCGCGCCGCCGCCGCGCCGUCGCCCAUCAUCAAAUUUCCUGGCGAUGUCGCCCCCAAAACGGACAAAGAGUUGGCUGUGCAAUACCUAAACACCUUCUACGGCUGCCCCAAGGAGAGCUGUAACUUGUUUGUGCUAAAGGACACCCUGAAGAAGAUGCAGAAGUUCUUCGGGUUACCCCAGACAGGUGAACUGGACCAGAGCACCAUUGAGACUAUGCGGAAGCCGCGCUGCGGCAACCCCGACGUGGCCAACUACAACUUCUUCCCCCGAAAGCCCAAGUGGGACAAGAACCAGAUCACAUACAGGAUCAUUGGCUACACACCUGAUCUGGACCCCCAGACAGUGGAUGAUGCCUUUGCUCGUGCCUUCCAAGUCUGGAGUGAUGUGACCCCGCUACGGUUUUCUCGGAUCCAUGAUGGAGAGGCUGACAUCAUGAUCAACUUUGGCCGCUGGGAGCAUGGAGAUGGGUACCCUUUUGAUGGCAAAGACGGGCUCCUGGCUCAUGCCUUCGCCCCGGGCCCUGGAGUUGGGGGAGAUUCCCACUUCGACGACGAUGAGCUGUGGACCCUGGGAGAAGGACAAGUGGUCCGUGUGAAGUACGGGAAUGCUGACGGCGAGUAUUGCAAGUUCCCCUUCCUGUUCAACGGGAAGGAGUAUACGAGCUGCACGGACACAGGCCGCACCGAUGGCUUCCUCUGGUGCUCCACCACGUACAACUUUGACAAGGACGGCAAGUAUGGCUUCUGUCCCCAUGAAGCCCUGUUCACCAUGGGCGGCAAUGCCGACGGACAGCCCUGCAAGUUCCCGUUCCGCUUCCAGGGCACGUCUUACGACGGCUGCACCACGGAGGGCCGCACGGACGGCUACCGCUGGUGUGGCACCACGGAGGACUACGACCGUGACAAGAAGUACGGCUUCUGCCCGGAGACGGCCAUGUCCACUGUGGGCGGGAACUCGGAAGGUGCCCCAUGUGUCUUCCCCUUCACCUUCCUGGGCAACAAGCACGAGAGCUGCACCAGCGCUGGCCGCAGUGAUGGGAAGUUGUGGUGUGCGACCACCUCCAACUACGACGAUGACCGCAAGUGGGGCUUCUGCCCCGACCAAGGGUACAGCCUGUUCCUGGUGGCAGCCCAUGAGUUUGGCCAUGCAAUGGGGCUGGAGCACUCACAGGACCCUGGAGCCCUGAUGGCACCCAUUUACACCUAUACUAAGAACUUCCGCCUGUCCCACGAUGACAUCCAGGGCAUCCAAGAACUCUAUGGGGCCUCCCCUGACAUUGAUACUGGCACCGGCCCCACCCCAACCCUGGGCCCCAUCACUCCUGAGCUCUGCAAACAGGACAUCGUCUUCGACGGCAUCUCUCAGAUCCGUGGGGAGAUUUUCUUCUUCAAGGACCGGUUCAUCUGGCGAACCGUGACACCACGUGACAAGCCCACAGGGCCCCUGCUGGUAGCCACAUUCUGGCCUGAGCUACCGGAAAAGAUCGAUGCUGUGUACGAAGACCCACAGGAGGAGAAGGCUGUGUUCUUUGCAGGGAAUGAAUACUGGGUCUAUUCAGCCAGUACCCUGGAGCGAGGGUACCCCAAGCCACUGACCAGCCUGGGGCUCCCCCGUGAUGUCCAGAAAGUGGAUGCUGCCUUUAACUGGAGCAAGAACAAGAAGACGUACAUCUUCGCCGGAGACAAGUUCUGGAGAUACAAUGAGGUGAAGAAGAAAAUGGAUCCCGGCUUCCCCAAGCUCAUCGCUGACGCCUGGAACGCCAUCCCUGAUAACCUGGAUGCUGUGGUGGACCUGCAGGGCGGUGGUCACAGCUACUUCUUCAAGGGCGCCUAUUACCUGAAGUUGGAGAACCAAAGUCUGAAGAGCGUGAAGUUCGGAAGCAUCAAAUCCGAUUGGCUGGGCUGCUGA